UCCGGGUUCCCGCGCGCAGGCCGCAGCGGCUCCUGGUCUCCUUCUGGGCCCCGCGGCAUUUCCGCUACUCUCGGCCGAGAGGGACCCACAGGUCUCGUCCCGCCGCUGGGCCGCGCGGAGCUGACCGCCUGGCGGGAUGCGGCCGUCCCCGGGGACGUGCUGGCUGCUCUUCUGGCUGCCGCCGCUGGCCGUGCUGCCGGCGGACGCGGUGCGCGGCGAGGAGGACGAGGCGGCGUUGUCAGUUGCAAGAUGUAAAGCUUUGAAGGAAAUGGAUUUAAUUAAAACGUCUCAGUCAGACUGUUACUGCUACAAUCAAAAAUCCCAAGUGAAAUGGAAGUAUAUAUGGUCAACUGUGCAGGUGAAAAUUACCAGUUCAGGCCUGCUCAGUAUUGUAUAUAUCACAGAAAGAUAUAAUUGCCAGUAUCCAGAAACCAUUCUGUCUAUUAUCAAAUGUGUGAUUCAUAACCUUUGGACACCAAAGGAGUCUAAUGAUAUAACCAUAACCAUCAAUCCAUAUCGGGAGACUGUGUGCUUCUCUGUGAAGCCUGCCAGGAAGAUAUUUAUCUAUACCGUAAGAGUGAAUCGAAACAUUGUGGAUUUCAAACUCUUCCUUGUGUUUGUGGCGGGCAUUUUCCUCUUCUUUUAUGCAAAGACCUUGAGUCACCUGAAGAGUAAAGCUUGGACUCAGAGGAGAUGGGCUGCAGGCCUGAAUCCUCCAACUGGCAGGAGCCCUGUUUUCUUUUACUCUUCGGGGACUGUGCUAGGUAUUCUAAUGACAUUAGUCUUUGUCCUGUUGCUGGUGAAAAAGUUCAUUCCUAAGUAUAGCACGUUUUGGGCUCUAAUGGUUGGUUGUUGGUUUGCUUCAGUUUAUAUUGUGUGGCAACUGAUGGAAGAGCUGAAGUGGCUGUGGUGUGAAAACAGAAUAUUUAUAUUAGGCUACGUCUUGAUAGUUGGGUGUCUCAGCUUUACUGUUUGUUACAAGCACGGGCCCCUCGUGGAGGAGAGGAGCGUGACCCUCUUGGCGUGGGCACUGCAGCUCGUCUCCCUGCUCCUGGUCUAUGCUGGCGUGGCCAUUCCUCAGUUCGCCUAUGCAGUGAUGCUCCUCACCCUGUCGUCCAAGAUCCUGCACUACCCACUGAGAGCACUCGCUUACGUGAGAUGGAAAAUGAAGAAAUGGUUUACAUCAGAAAAGCCGGUGGUUAAGUUUCUUACUGAAGACGAGUACAGGGAACAAGCCGAUGCUGCGACGACCCGCGCCCUGGAGGACCUGCGCCAGGCCUGCCGCAGCCCCGGCUUCCCAUCCUGGCUGGCCGUGUCCAGGCUCCGGGCGCCUAAAACGUUUGCAGACUUCGUUCUUGGAGGAAGCCACUUGUCGCCUGAAGAAAUUAGGCUGCAUGAAGAACAAUAUGGCCUUGCGGGUGCCUUCUUGGAAGAGCAGCUCUUUAACCUGAGGACUCCUGACAGUCUGCCUGCACACUGACUUCAUUCUGGACAAGGAAGUGGGGAAGGGCAGGGAUCCUAUUAAAGGUGGGCAGAACUGUACCGGGGAACAGUGGCAAAAGCAUUCACUAUGGAGAAAAAUCAAAUCACGCUGGAAAGGAAAACUAAACUGUAUUGAAGAUAACUGAUCCUUCUUGGACAGUUCUGUGUAUUGUACUGUAGGUGGCCACCAAGAUUCUGUGACAGUCAUUACCACUGUCCUUGAAUGAAGACUCUCAUUAGGAACAAAGGGAUCAUGUUGAUCUUCAAGGGGCCAGUUAAUUUGAAUAGGUGCCUUGUCAACCGCAGGGCAUUAAAUCCUCUCUUAAUCCCCAGAACCUGUGUCAAAAGACUCUGCAUUGCUCUUCCUGCGUGUUAUCAAUGCACUGACCUUUCUCCCAUCUGCCUGAUGGUUUGGAAUUUUUGAGCCAGGAAUUCUUAGAGCUUUGCUGAAAUGACACAGGAGUGGUUUGGGGCUUCAGAAGUAGCUUUGUCUUGUCCCACUGCACCCAAGGAGAGAAAAAUUUCUGAAGGGAAAAUCAUCUUUUAUUUGCCUACAGUCAGCUCUGUCACAGCAUGCCCUCAUCUUCGCAGAAUAACGUUAAUUUUAGGGUCCAGUCUUUCACAAUGAAGAUGAGAAAACUAACCCAGAUAUCUCCCAAAGGUAAUUUUCUUCCUCUGUUCCUGCAUUGUCUAGUAUGGUAGCCACGAGCCACAGAUGGCUGUUUAAAUUCAAAUAACAUGAGAGACUUCCCUGUUGGUGCAGUGGUUAAGAAUCCACCUGCCAAUGCAGGGGACACGGGUUCGAGCCCUUGUCCGGGAAGAUCCCACAUGCUGCAGAGCAACUAAGCCCGUGCACCAGAACUACUGAGCCUGUGUUCUAGAGCCCGCGAACCACAACUACUGAGCCCACGAGCCACAACUACUGAGCCAGCAUGCCUAAAGCCCAUGCUCUGCAACAAGAGAAGCCACCGCAACAAGAAGCCCGUGCACUGCAACGAAAAGUAGUCCCCACUCACCACAACUAGAGAAAGCCAGCGCACAGCAACGAAGAGCCAAUGCAGCCGAAAAUUAAUUAGUUAAAAAAAUAAAUAACAGAAAUCUAACUCCUCAGAUGCACUAGCCACACUGUAAGCACUUAAUAGCCACCUGUGGCUAAUGGCUACCACACCUGACAGUGCUGCUUUACGAAGCUGUUGCCUCAGGUUACUGAGCGGUGGGUGUGUCUGCUGGCCCUUCCCAGCCCCCCUGGCACUGGUCUUCAGAGUCCCUGCAACCUCCAAGUUUUCUCUGCAGGGUUGCCAGACCUUCCGAGUUAUCUCCAGAGUGGCACUCAUGAUUCACAGAGCAGCAGGAGUUUGAAGGCGCUGGAUUUCUAUGUAUCUGGGAAUAGCUAGCGAUCCUAAAUGGAACUGCAACUACACAGGAUGCAGUUGUGGGCAGAAGUACUGUAUCAUGGGGAAGUCCUCACUUUAUAAUUGGUCCUGCCUAAUCAGAGUCAGAGAGUAAGGUGGAAGUCUGGGCUCAACGCGUGGCAGAACAUCUUCUGUCUGUUGCUGGACCAAGUCGAUGGUUGCUAUGGGAACAGGACUAGAAGGAACAGGAAUCCUUUCUGCCAGCAUCGUCUUGUCUGGAGAGAAAGCCAUGUUUAAAUCGUUUCUCAGAGUUUUUACAUAUUUAAACAGAUGUAUGUAUGUAUGUAUAAAUAAAUAAUAAAAACUGAACAAAUGGACAA